UGGGGCCCCCAGGCAAUAGGGGAUCAUGGGGCCCCUGUGUCCUUGCCCAAACUCAAAAAAGCCUACGAAAAAGGUACCAGGGGCAUCUCAUGGGGCCACCUACUGAGCCAGGGCCCUCGGGCAGUGCCCGAGUUUCCAAAUGGUCAGUCCGCCCCUGGUCCCCCCGCAUCCAUUGCCUGUUAUGAAAAAAAAAAUAUAUAUAUAUAUUUUUUUAAUUUUUUUUAUUAUAUUUAAUUUUUUAUUACAUUUUUUUUUUAUUUUUGUUAAGAUUGUUUUUUCAUAUUUUACUAUGACCAAAGUAGUACAAUGUUACCAUAGUAACACUGUACUACUUUGGG